AUGCAACCUAAGAACCUCCACCAUGAUGGACUGGCCGCGUUGAUUCCCGAUGGACGUCCGGCCGCAUUCCCCCCUAUUGCAAUAGUUGGUAUGGCGAUGAGGCUUCCCGGCGGCAUUCGGACGACCGAGGAUUUCUGGCAGUUUUUGAUAAACAAAAGAGAUGGACACUGUGAGGUUCCCAAAACGAGAUAUGGGAUCAAUGCUUUUUACAACGCACAGAGCGAGCGAUACACGCAUACAAGAUAUGGAUACUUUCUGCCUGAAGAUCCAGCCUGCUUUGACGCGCCGUUUUUCUCAGUGACUGAACAGGAGGCAUCUGCUAUGGAUCCCCAGCAAAGACUGCUUUUGGAGGUGGUAUGGGAGUGUCUAGAAAAUGCGGGGGAAACAAACUGGCAAGGCAAAGAUAUAGGAUGUUAUGUUGGCGUAUUCGGGGAAGACUGGCUAGGUCUCUCUCACCGAGAUCCACUCAGUAUUGGCAGAUCUCAUGCACUCGGUACAUCAAGCUUUGCCUUGGCCAAUACAGUUUCCUAUAAGUUUGAUUUACGCGGCCCAAGUAUGACUAUCCAGACAGGGUGCUCAUCGUCAAUGGUUGGAAUCCAUGAAGCAUGCCAGUCAUUGGCUAGCGGAGCAUGUUCAUCAGCUAUUGUUGCGGGUACAAACCUGAUCCUCAGCCCAGCAAUGACGGCAAGCAUGUCCGGUAACAUGGUACUGUCAACUAGUGGGAUAUGUCGGACCUUUGAUGCAGAAUCUGACGGAUAUGGACGUGGUGAGGCAAUAAAUGCUCUUUAUCUGAAGCCGCUUGGGGAUGCAAUCAAGGCAGAUGAUCCGAUCAGAGCAAUCAUCCGCUCGUCUGCGGCCAAUUCUGAUGGAGGAACAUCAAGCAUGUCAGCUCCCUCAAUACUAGCCCAGGAACACCUGAUAUUGGAUGCUUAUCGGCGGGCAAAUAUCAAAGAUCUAUCAGAAACCGCCUUUAUCGAAUGCCAUGGAACGGGUACACGCGCGGGGGAUAAAGUCGAGACAACAGCAGUGGCAAACGUGUUUGGAGGAAAGGAGAUAAUGAUUGGAGCAGUAUGUAAAACCCAAUUUGGACAUUUAGAAGGUGCAUCGGGAAUCACAAGCGUGAUCAAAGCUGUUCUGUCCCUGGAACAUGGGAUAAUCCCGCCGAAUGUACAUUUUGAAAAGCCCAACCCCGAGAUAUCUUUCCAAGAGAAUGGUUUGGUGGUCCCAGUAGAGCCUAUGGACUGGCCCGCCGGCCGUCGAAGAAGGGUCAGCGUGAAUGCCUUCGGCAUCGGUGGCACAAAUGCCCAUGUUAUCUUGGACUCUGCGCACGAAGCAUGCCUAAAUAGUCGGGUACAGGAUUCUACUGACCCCGGCAAUGAAGUCAAACUUCUUGUUGUCUCGGCCCAACAUGAGCAAGUUCUAAAAACUCGCAUUGAUCAGGUAACAGAUUAUGUGAAUCGUCAUCCUGAAAAAACCCAGGACCUUUCAUUCACCUUGGGUGUACGGCGAAAACAUUUGGCGCACCGCGCGUUUGCUGUGUAUGAUCCAACGUCUUCCCUUUCACCAUCAGACUUUCAGUCAGCUCGUUCCCCCGUAUCGGCUCAGUUAACAUUCGUGUUUACCGGCCAGGGAGCUCAGUGGCCUGGUAUGGGACAAGGGUUAAUCAAGGCAUAUCAAGGCUUUAGAACGGACAUGCUAGAGCUAGGAAAUAUCCUGAUGGGCAUUGAAGAUCCACCUCAAUGGUCCCUGAUGGAGGAACUUAGCUGUGCCACAGCGUCGCGCGUCAACGAAGCUGAAUUCUGCCAACCACUAUGUACCGCGGUACAGAUUGGGUUGGUUAACCUGCUUGCGGCGUGGGACAUAAGGCCAACCUAUGUGGUUGGGCAUUCUAGUGGAGAAAUAGCAGCGGCUUAUGCUGCCGGAGCAAUAUCGGCUAGAUCCGCGAUAAUUCUUGCAUACUAUCGCAGAAAGCUAGCACAGGCUCAAAAGGGCACUGGUGAAAUGGCAAGCAUCGGGCUUGGUAGUGAAAAGGUGUCUCCGUACCUUGUUGAUGGGGUUGUGAUUGCAUGCAAAAAUAGCGCGCAGAGCGUCACGAUUUCUGGGGAAGAAAGUAAAAUUGAUCAUAUUGUGAGGCACAUCCGGAAUGACCACCCGGAUAUGUUCUGUAGGAAACUCCAGUUGGGCAUGGCAUAUCAUUCACAUCACAUGGCGGCUGUGGGACCCAUAUAUGAGAAGUCCAUAUCGAAUCACCUCCAGUUCCAUCAGGAAAUGCUACCUAUGUUUUCAAGUGCUGGGGCGCAGAUAGUCACAGACCCUCAAACCUUGGAUGCCGCUUACUGGCGACGAAACCUCGAAUCCGCCGUACUUUUCUCAGAUGCUAUCAGUUCCCUUUUUGCUAAAAGGCAUGAAAGACAUAUCCUGGUAGAAAUAGGACCGCAUUGCGCACUAUCAGCACCUAUAAAGCAGAUUAUCCGAGCCCAUGACUUGAAAAUAAGUCCUGCAUAUAUACCAACUUUGAUUCGGAACGACACCAACUGCCAGCGUCAGCUGUUGACUUCAGUUGGUACUAUUCAUAUAAAUAGGGUCCUUGUGGACCUACAUGCGGUGAAUGGAACGGGGCAUAUUCUGACUGACGUCUUACCAUACCCAUGGCAGCAUGGUAAGAGAUACUGGAAAGAAAGCCGUAUGGUACGGGAAUGGAGGCUUAGUGAGGUGCCGCCUCAUGAACUGCUUGGCUCGAGGAGUACCGAGUCCACAAGCCUAGAGCCUUCAUGGAGGCAUUUUAUAAGCCUAGAGAAUGUUUCCUGGUUAUCGGAUCAUGAUAUUCAAGGCAAAGUAAUUUUCCCGGCUGCAGCGUAUAUUGCCAUGGCGGGUGAAGCUAUCCUACAGCUGUCACCCGGUAUCGCUGGUUACACUGUCAGAAACGCCAUAUUCAAGGUUCCAUUGGUGAUAGAAGAAUCUGAAUCCAUUGAGGUUAUUACAGCUCUACGACCAGUUAAACUGAACGAUAUGGUGGAUUCAGAAUGGUUUUCAUUCACCAUCGCAUCGUAUGACGGCAGCAAUUGGAUAAAAAACUGCAGCGGCCAGGUCCGAACAGGAGCCCUGGCGAACAUUUCUCCCGUGCAUAUAAAGCAAUAUGCACGUCGUGUAUCUUCCAGAAAGUGGUACGAUACCCUAGCUAGCUUGGGCCUCUCUUAUGGAGCUCAGUUUAGAGGUCUACAAGAUAUCUCAGUUGACCCCCAGGGCAGUAAAGCUGUGGCCAAGGUCAAUAAUAAGGUAGGCUCCCUUGGAUCUCCAUACAGCCUUCACCCGACCAUGAUCGACCAAUGCCUUCAACUAAUGAGCGUCGCUGGAGCUGCUGGCCUCCCACGACAUAUUACCACAGGAGGAAUACCGGCGUCCAUCGAUCAGAUAUUCGUUGGGCAAGGAGGAAACCACAUGAAAGCCACGGUCGAUACGGUCCAAGAUUCUGGUAGCAGCUUGGUGGGUAAUGCAACAGCAAUGCUUGGGGAUAAGGUGGUGUUGGAGAUGAGACGCGGCUUCUGCUUCGCGCUGGGAAGGCAGAAAGACUCAAUAUUUCCGCGGAUUCCAUUGGUAGCACAGAUUCAAUGGAAGCCGGACCCUGACUUUUACAAACCCGAAGCUCUAUUACCAGGGUCAGUUGCCUCGCCAGAGCGACUGGAUCUAACAAGGAGAUUAGGUCAACUCUCACUUUUAUACACUCUUGAGACAGCCGAAAGGAUCAAACACUUGAAGCCACAAUCUCCCCAUGCGUCCAAGUGGAAAUCCUGGCUACUAUAUGAAGACGCUGCUAUUCGAAGUGGAGAACGAUCACUUUUUCCCGAGUCUAAGGAAUGGGCGACACAAUCAAGUAAGGAGCGUCAGGCCCUCAUGAAGGAACUGAGUACUGCAGAAGCAGAUCAUAUUAUAGUUACUUGUAUGGAAGUAAUAUAUGACAAUUGCUUAGAGAUCAUGGCCAACAGAAUUUCCGCCCUAGACCUACUGAUAGAAAACAACCGACUUAGUCGCAUCUACCAGUUUGACCAGCGAAACAGCGACUGGAGCAUCUUUAUAACUUUUCUCAGUCACUCAAAUCCAAGGUUGCGAAUCCUUGAAAUUGGCGCUGGAACCGGGGGCGCCACAACUGAAGCUUUACGCUUGCUGUGCAUAUCAGGGGUGCCUAUGUACUCUAAAUAUACAUUUACCGAUAUCUCUCCGGGGUUUAUGACAGCAGCCCAGGAUAAGUUCCGGGAAAACGCGAACAUGGAGUAUAGGAUUCUCGAUAUUAGCAGCGAUCCUCUCAAGCAGGGUUUUAUGGCUCAAUCCUUUGAUCUCAUUAUAGCAUCAAAUGCACUCCACACGACCCCAAUUCUAAAGCAGACUCUAAAAAAUGUGAAAAGCUUGCUGGCUCCACAUGGUUGGUUGCUACUCCAUGAGUUAGAUCCAGUGACACUACCCAUCGACUACAUAAUGGGCACACUUCCAAGCUGGUGGGUAGGUGAGGAUGAUGGGAGGAUACAUACGCCUUAUAUCAGCCCUGAGAGGUGGGACAAGGAGUUACAAUCCGCUGGCUUCACAGGAACUAAAGCAAUACGCCACGAUAUCGAUCCUUAUCACAUAUGCGUAGAUUUGAUCACUCGUCCUGUUCCAUUUACGACCGCCACACAACCGAUAAUACUGGUGACUGAUGGCUCGCCGGAUCUUUGGGCUAGCAUGGUGUACUCAGCGCUCGCGAACCAGAAUUUCACUGUGGAAUGGGGGAGCUUGGAGGAGGCACCAAAUGGUCAUGUGUGUGUUGUGUUCUUGUUAGACCAGCAAUAUCCCUUUCUCAUGAAACUGUCCGAAAAGAGAUACCAUGCUUUGCAAAAGUAUUUGAUGGACAUUGAUCAGUCCAAGUUGCUUUGGGUGACAAAGACGACCCAAUUCAACUGUGAAGACCCGGGCUUUGGCCUAAUACUAGGGUUCGCCCGGACCCUGAGGAAAGAAAUGAUGCUUGAUUUUCACACCCUGGAAAUCGACAUAUUUGAUACUGAGUCUGCGAAGGCAGUGGGUCCGAUUGUGCGAAAGAUCUUGGAACCCGCUGAUGAAGAUAAUCAAGACCCAAACCAUGAGUUUGCCUACCACAACCACACUGUGUUCACUAGUCAGUGCUACUGGGGCACAGCAGCAGAAGUUUUGCGCCCAUUGCAAUCAGACUGUUCCAAGAAGCUCAGUAUGGAAAUCCCUGGCCUCCUCGAUACACUGAAAUGGGUCGACACUAGUUACGGUAGCCUGGAGCGAGACGAUGUCGAAAUUGAUAUUCAUUAUAUUGGCUUGAACUUCAAGGAUAUCAUGGUAGCUAUGGGAUUUGUUGGAAGCAUAGGUGAGAUGGGCUUGGAGGGGAGUGGCGUUGUACGACGCGUUGGUUCGAAUGUUAGCAAUAUAAUGCCCGGGGACGAGAUACUGAUACAUGAUGUUGGACUCCUGUGCACCCGAACUAUCGUGAAUCAACAACACUGCCUGAAAUUGCCGAAGAGACUCUCUACACAGGAUGCAGUCAAUAUGGCAUCGGUGUUUGUGACAGCGAUAUACUCUUUAAUCAACGUAGGACAACUUAAAAAGGCCCAAACUGUUUUGAUCCAUUCCGCCUGCGGUGGAGUUGGCCAGGCAGCUAUCCAAAUUUGUCAGCUUGUCGGUGUCGAAAAGAUAUUCGCAACAGUGGGUAGCCAAGCAAAAAAAGACCACCUCGUUAAAAUUUACGGGAUACCGCCCGAUCAAAUUUUCGAUUCUAGAAGUGCGAGCUUUUCCCCGUGUGUCAUGAAGGCAACAGAGGGACGCGGGGUGGACAUUGUACUAAACUCAUUAUAUGGAGAGCUAUUACAUGCUUCAUGGGAAUGCGUUGCCAGCUUUGGUAGGUUGGUCGAGCUAGGCAAACGCGACCUUUUAACCAAUGGGACAUUGAGCCUGAAACCAUUCACGAAGAACCGAGCAUUUUUCGGCGUUGAUCUGCUUGACUUGAGCGAAGAUCUUCUCUCCCAGUUCAUUCUGUGGUAUGAAGAAGGCAAAAUUAAACCAAUUCGUCCAACUACAGUUUUUGCCGCCUCUAAGGUAAUUGAGGCAUUCCGAUUUAUGCAGCAGGGUACACACAUGGGAAAGAUUUUAAUAAAGAUGCCUGAUGACUCAGGUCAGCUAUCACAGCGACCUAGCGAGGUGGAAGUGUCGUUUCCAUCCAGUGCAUCGUAUCUCCUAGUAGGCGGCCUUGGAGGCUUGGGUCGUGCAGUUUCCAGAUGGAUGGUAGAGCAAGGAGCACGUUAUUUAGUUUAUCUUUCUCGCACCGCAGACUCCAGUGAAGAGAACAGAGAAUUCAUCAAGGAAUUAAACGCCAUGGGAUGCCAUGUUGAAUGCAUUCAAGGGAGUGUGACAAGAAUGGAAGAUGUGCAGGCUGCGAUUUCCAGAUGCAAGAGUCCGUUGAAAGGUGUUUUCCAAAUGUCGAUAUCUUUGAAUGAUCGUCCAUUUCCUCAUAUGAGCUACGAAGACUGGCAUUCUUCGUUGUACCCCAAGGUUCAAGGCACAUGGAACCUUCACAAUUCAGUCUUACAAGAGGAUCUAGAUUUCUUUGUUCUAUUCAGUUCUGUAGUGGGCGUUUGCGGAAAUGCGAGCCAGGCCAAUUAUGCAGCUGCGAACACAUUCCUUGAUGGCUUUACACAGUAUCGCCGACAAUUAGGCCUUCCAUCCUCCGUCAUUGCCCUCGGCGCUGUAGGCGAGACUGGUCGGCUUGCUCAAGAUGCGAAAGUCCUGCAGACGACGAAAUCCUUAGGUUUCUGGCUUUUGACUGAGGACGAAGUUCUCAGAGGAUUAAAGCAGUGCAUUGGGGAGUUCAACAGAGCCAAUUUCACAAAGUCUGACACACGACUUUCGGCACCGUUGAUUGUUGGACUCGGCACCACAAAGCCGCUAUCCAAUCCUGGUGCACAGACAGUGUGGCGUCGCGAUGCUCGGUUCGCAUCCUACGCGAACAUCGAUUCUACAUUUGUCAAACAAGAGAGUGGUGCCAGUGUUAAUAAACUACGAGAACUGAUCAACAGAGCGGUGGUAGAUCCUUCGAUCCUUCUACAAGAAGAAACCGAGACGACUAUUGCCCAGGAACUUAUGCAGUUGAUUACGAAGGGCCUGCCAGGAGCGCAUGAUAUGGAUGAUGGAGCGAAAUUAAAUCUCGCUAUAGAUUCUCUCAUGGCCAUAGAGUUGAGGAAUUGGAUUCGACGGAACUUGCAGGUCGAGGUUGGUUUGCCUGAAAUCUCGAAGGCGCGCACAGCCCGAGGCCUGAUAGACGUGAUCGCUGCACGUUUGAAAGUCCGAUUUGGAGUUUCAGAUACAGAGGAGCCACAAAACGCAGUCGCCGAAGCUUCUCUCGACUUGAAUUGA